GCCGGCCGUAUUUCCCCGCGUCUCUGCUUCAAUUCCCAUAGUGGAAGCACACUUGAUCAGCACACUACUACUGCUCGAGAGCAAUGGCUUCCUCCUUGGUUUCUCGAUUGCCUGUCGCAGUGUUGCUGCUGCUCGUGGCCUGCUCCUCCACGGCAGCCGCCACCAGCUACACCGUCGGCGACGGGUCCGGCUGGACGUCCGGUGUCGACUACACAUCUUGGGCCGCCUCCAAAGACUUCAAAGUCGGGGACAAUCUCGUGUUCAACUACGCGAAGGGGCUGCACACGGUGGUGGAGGUGAGCGCGGGAGAGUACAUGGCGUGCACGGCCGCCAACCCGCUGGGCUCCGAGUCCGACAGCAGCGGCGCGACCACCGUGGCCCUCAAGGCGCCAGGCACCCACUACUACGUGUGUAGUAUCGCCGGGCACUGCGGCGCCGGGAUGAAGCUCGCCGUGGCCGUGACCGUCGGCGGCUCCAACUCCAACUCCCCUGGCGCCACGCCGGACGACCCAACGACCCCGCGGACGUCCCCGACCCCUACCGCGCCCUACACGACGCCGACCACCACCACACCGUACACGACGACCCCGACCACCACACCACCGUACACGACGCCGACGACGACCCCGACCACCACAACACCGUACACGACGCCGACGUGCUCUGGCGGUGGUGGCGCCACGGCAACCCCGGGCAUGACUCCGUUCAUGUCAUUUCCCAGCGCGGCCGGCCUCGGAUCGGCGGCGUUGGCUGGCUUUGGGCUGGUUUGGUGUGUCAUCGUCCAGCUAGCGCUGCUGUAGGUGUAGGCACAAGCACAAGGGGCGCGGCGGCCAUGCAUGGCCGACCAGGAUGGAGGCAGCUGAGAUAGGUCAUGGUUGCCUGUAAGCUGCAGCGCACUUUUACUAGCUACCGAUGUGUUUGUUCUUUGUUCCGGCCUUCCGGGGUCGAACUGGGGUAUAUUAUACUGUACUUUGAUUGAUGAAGGAAGCUCGCUGGUGUCUCGGCUCCGCUUUGAAUCGCGGUGCAAGUCACUUUUCUUGGAUGAA